UAUGAUAUCCGAAACAGCACAAAGUUCUUUCAAAAGUACGGAAAGUGUAUGCUCAUCCUUUUACAGUGGUUCAAGUUGAGGAUGGGAACGCCCUCAUCUGCUUCUGUGUCAUCAUUCCCAAAAUUUACUCGACAUUGAUAUUGAUUGCUCAAUUGACUAUAUGAAAGAGCUCUCAAAGGAGUAUCCGGCCUUAAACAGCAUCACUUCAAUCGAGGACUACGCGGCACUUAAUGGGACGGAUCUCCAACAGCUGAGUACGUUCCUUAAAUCCGAUUACGGGAGAGGAACCUUGGAAAUUUGUAUAGGACCAUGACGGAAACAGAACGUGUCAAAUGGGUCUGUGUCGAACACUACCGUUCUACAUAUGGAGCGGAGGAACAGAGUGUGUUUGAAAAUGUAAUGAAGAUGACAGGUGCUAAAUAUGACUCGCAACUUGGCAAAGUGGCUAUCGCAUUCUAUUCCAGAAAGAGAGCUAGAGAAUUCUUUGGUGCCUUGACCAAUGCAAAACAUGUCUACGAGUUGGAUAUCAAAUUCCAUCGGGUUUGGUCCAAGGCUGAUCUUGAAGCAUUAGUGAAUGUUCUAAGAAUGUCGAGUGUAAUGAUUCUUCGACUCGAACUUGGAUGGGCUCAAGGGAUCGUUGCCAGGAAACUACGUUCAACAUAUGAAGUAUAUGAAAUCCUUGGUCAUAUAAUAGAAAUUCGCAAAAUGAAAACGAUCCGAAUUGUACUACCUCCAGAUCUCAUCAAGCUUUCCAAGCUACCAAACAGAAAGCCACCACACCUUCAUGAGUUGUCUUUUGAGAUGCGGCCUCGAGAGAUUGGAAAUGAUGAUCUGCGGAUACUUUUUAAUUCACUCAAAACCAAUACGACUUUAACGCGCUUGGAAUUGGUUGAUAAAUCAAUUAGGAAUGAAGAAUUUCUGGUACUCUUAGAAGCACUCAAGACCAAUACAACUUUGACCGAUUUAUGGUUGAGAUGGGGUUCGAACUCAAUUGGGGAUGAACGGACUCUGGCACUCUCAGCGGCACUCAAAUCUAAUACGACUUUGACACACUUGGAAUUGAGCCUCAACGCGGUUGGAGAUGAGGGAGCUCUGGCAUUCUCAGUGGUACUCAAGAGUAACACGACACUAAUCAAUUUAAAUUUAAAUUGCAACUCGAUUGGAGAUAAAGGAGCUCUUGCAUUGUCCGAGGCCCUUAGGGUUAACACGACUUUGACCGCUUUAGACCUGAGGAGCAACUCAUUUUGAAAGAAGGAGCUCUGGCGCUGUUAUAUGCGCUCGAGACAAGCCCGACUUUGGCUACUUUGGGUUUGUGGGGUGGCUUUUUUGGAAAGAAUAAAACUUUUACACUGAUAGGGGUACUCGAGGGCUAU